GGCCAAUGUCAAUAAGCAAACAUCUACAGCAAUGUCGAUAAGGCUAGAUGAUUCAGAGGAUAAUAUCAGUACGCAUAGACGUGGUUCAACUCUAGAUAUAGAAUCACAAUCUGUCUCUACAGAGAGUAACAGUCGAUCCUUUCAGGAUACAUACUAUUACAAGAUUAUCAAGUUCUUUUCAAAGUUCAAAAUACUAUACGUUCCAAUUCUCAACUGGGCGUUGUUGUCGUUCUUUAUUACCAUGCUCUAUAAGUUGAUUUUGAAAUACAAUACCAUGUAUGAAACUAAUGUUCUUUUGACCACAAUUACAGCCAAUGUCUUGUUGUAUGGGUUAUCAGAUACUUUAGCUCAAAACAUUUCAUGUUUUCUUGCAAUGGUUCAACAAAAAAACAAUCAAAGAACAAGAGAAGGUUCUAUAGGCUCUAUUCAACUUGGAAAUUAUACGAAUGCUUUCAGUGAUCAACCAGAUGAAUUAGCUCUCUACACAGAUUUUGAUGAAGACAUUUUCAACUUUCACAGAUUUGUUGGAUUUAUGUUUUGGGGAUUUGUUAUGGCAUUUGUUCAAAUUUGCUGGUAUUGGGUAUUAAAUCAUUUUUAUACACAAGAACCAACAUUCGUUUCGGUUCUAGAAAGAGUUAUGUCAGAUCAACUAGUAUUUUCACCUAUUUCAUUGUUUUGCUUUUUCUCAUAUUCAAAUUUCGUAUUGGAAGGGGGUAAUAAGUAUACAUUAUCUGAAAAAAUACGGAAAAUUUAUUUUUCAACAUUGAUUGCAAAUUAUAUGGUUUGGCCAUUGGUACAAUUUAUAAAUUUUUUGGUUAUGCCAAAACAGUUUCAAGUUCCAUUUUCUUCAUCCAUUGGUGUCAUUUGGAAUUGUUUUCUUUCGAUGAGGAAUGCUGCGAAUUAA